UCACACUCUCUCCACUAUACAGCUGGAUGAAGAACCUUUUGCAUUGUGCGAUUCAAUGGAGUGUUUGUGGCUCUAUAAAAGGAGACUGAGUUAGUCACUCAAAUCAUCAUCUAUACUCACAAUUCUUCUUAAUCGUUUUGGAAGUGGAGCUUUGAGUGACUGAGGUAAGAUGAGGAGGAACACGCUUCUUGCCCUCUUCAUUUGGGCAAUGGCGGCUGCAUUCAUCUUUGCUGUGGCCGUGCCGGCGGAGGCGAGGAGGGAUGGUAUCCACCCGCAAGGGUGCCGAUGCUGCUAUUUCACGAGGAAUGGCUUCUGGAUCCAGUGUGGCAAAACCUGCUGUGGCUCUGACGAUGAGAACUGCUGCUUGGGAAGCCACUAGUAGCUUCGUCAGGCUCUGAAUAAUAACUGACCUUCAAAUACUUGUGCAUCUAGUAAAGGUUGAACGAAAUAAAAUCGAUGUAACUAUCCCUCCUGCAUGUCUCCAUCCUGGUAUUGGAAUGUGGACUCUCCUCAUUUCAGCACUAAGUAGUUUCUGACGACUUAUGUUGAGCAAGAGAAAAUAAAUCAAAUAAAUAUAUGUAUUUGUUCAUCAUCUUA